ACCAUGAAAAGCUUCCUAGCUGGUAUCCUUCUGGUUCUGGGCUUUGUCCAGAGCAGCUGGCAGGUUCCUCUGCAGGAGGCUGACGGCAGCUCAAGCUUUGACACGGACGACACGUUAGCGGAGCCGAGGGAGCUGUCGAACAUGAAGAGACAUUCGGAGGGAACUUUCUCAAACGACUACAGCAAAUACCUGGAGGACAGGAAGGCGCAGGACUUUGUUCAGUGGCUGAUGAACAACAAGAGGAGCGGUGCUGAAGAAAAGCGCCACGCAGAUGGGACCUUCACCAGCGACGUGAGCUCUUACCUCACGGACCAGGCCAUCAGAGACUUUGUUGCCAGGCUCAAGGCUGGACGAGACAGAAGAGAAUCUGAAACGGACAGGCGGGGCGAGGCGCUCAGCAGGAGGCAUGUAGAUGGAAGCUUCACCAGUGACGUGAACAAGGUGCUGGACUCCUUGGCUGCAAAGGAAUAUUUACUCUGGGUCAUGACCUCCAAGUCUUCAGGGGAGAGUAAGAAAAGACAAGAGGACCAGUGA